UGGCCCGCACUUGAGGCCCGCCAGGUGAGGGGACGCCAGGUGACCUUGGAGCGGGUCACCACCCAGCGGAGCUUUGCACCCUGGGAAGUUUCCUGGAAACGAGGGAAGAGAUCUUGGGAGAAGUGAAGAGGGUGUUUCUUUGAACCUCUCUUCUGGGUUCGGAUUCCCUGAUCCACAAGUUUCGAGAAAGAGAAAAAGUUGCCUUUCUGCUUCAAUGGAAUCAACCCCAGUGCACACACACCAGCUUGCUUAUUUAGGCUGUCGCUGUCGUCUAGUCCCUUAACCAGAAGUCCGGAGUCGUCUGUCUGCUUGUUUAAGUGGGCCCUGGAGAAAAGUAACUCGGAAAACGCUGCCAUCUCCCUGGAGCGGCGUCGCUGCUUCCGCGAUUUUUGGCAGCAAAGCCAUCAAGGAAAGGAACAGGAAAACGGCCGUAGAGUUCUUCCUCCCUCCAGUCAGCGUGGCCACUACAGGAGGACAAAAGCCAUCAAGUGCCGGUGUAGCUGUGGGAAAGGGAAACCCGUUCAGUGUCGGUGGGAUGAUAAACCGGUGCAGCCCCUUUGGAGACAAGUCUGGAGCUAUUUCAAUACCAAGAAAUAGCGCUUCCGUGUGAGCUAGUAAUGCCUCUCCUGGGCAUAUACCUAGCGGACCUUGUAACCUACGAGAGAGACUCUUAAAUUGUGCCCAUCGCUGCCCUAUUCACAACAGCCAGCGUUCAUCAUGACAACUGUAACCGUGACCUCAGAAGUUCCCCCAAGAAGUAAGAGAGAAGACGACUCUGUCUUGUAUGGAUCUACAUCAGCUUACAUCACUGAAGAAACUGAGUACGUGAGAAAGAUUCGAACUACCCUGGAGAAGAUCCGAAGUCACAUGUUUACAGAUGAACAAGGACAUGGCAAUGCCAGUCACAAACUGGAUGCGGAGGUAAGAUCUGGAACAAUUCAGAAUGGAUCUGAUUCCGCAAUAGACCCCACCAGUUUGGAUUUGCUCCUGGAAAACAUGAGAAGAAAAGACCAGCAGCUGCUAGAAAUGAACAAAGAGAAUGAAGUGUUGCAAAUCAAGCUGGAAGCUUCCAGAGAAGCAGGAGCAGCAGCUUUGAGAAACGUGGCGCAGAGAUUGUUUGAGAACUACCAAACACAGUCUGAGGACCUGAAGAAAAAGCACGAGAACAGUAAACAUUUGCUGCAGAUAAACAACCUUGAAAAGGAGCAGGCAUUAAAGCAACAAACUGAAAGCCUGAGUCAACUUUCAGAAAAACUCGAAGCAAAACACGUCCAAAUCAUAGGGCUGGAGAACCGCGUACAGAGGAUGGAAAACGAAAAGAAAACACUCCUAGAGAGAAAAUCGUGUUUGGAAAGGAAGCUGCUGCAACUCGGGCCCAAUGCUGCACAUUCCAAAAGCUGCCGGCAUCUUCAGUCGGAGAUUUCCAUCCUCCAGGAGCAGAUCUGUCAUCUGCAGUUCGUGAUUCACUCCCAGCACCAGCACCUGCACAGCAUCAUCCAGGAGAUGGAAGGACUAAAAAAUACUUUAAAGGAACAAGAUAAAAAAAUCGAAAAUUUGAAAGAGAAGGUCGACACACUUGAAGCCCAGAAUAAAGAACUGAAAACUAAGGUGGCACAUUGGACAGAAACUCCUAGGACAUCAGUAUCUAAGGCUGUCUCUACAAGCGAAUUGAAGACUGACGGUGCUUCUCCCUACUUGAUGUUGAUUAGGCUACGGAAAUGAACUGUCAGGAUGAAGCUCUGACAGAGGACUACAGAGAUCUUACUUAUUCCUUGAAAUGCAGUUUCAGCUCCCAAGUUAAAUUGACGUCAUGCCAGUAUUUAUUUAAACGUAACUUAUUAUACAUCGGUAGCAUAAUAGGAAGAUGAUAUUUCAGACAAUGCAGCAAAUGUCUAUGCAAGAGAAGAAACUCCAUCCCCCCCCCCAAAAAAAAAAACAGGCCAAGACAUCAGGAUCUUUCUUACAUGGAAGAUGAAUUCUGCUUUAAACCUAAUAAAAAAUAAAAUUUGAUUUUAUAUCCUCAAAUACUUUACUAAGGAUGCUCCUUUAAGGUUGUCAGAUUUGACCUUUGAUAGUUUUUCUAUGUAUAAGUAAAGGAAAGUGUGUAAAAUUUGUGUAUGAAUGAAUAAUUAAUUUAA